AUGGCUGCUCAAGUGCCAGCUGCAUUGAAGACUGCCGACAUUACCCGCUUCGCCCACCGUGCAGCCCAGCUCGAGAAACCCAAGCCCAUCAUAGCAUACUGGUGCGAAUACUGGAUAGUCAACCAAAUCCUAUCCAAAGGCCUUCACAAUGCAGACCAAGAGAGCUUGGUCUACACGACCACGUUGAUGGACAAGCUGGAAAAGUUCAAAGCUGAACACGCCCAAGAACCUGCCGUGACCGACGACAUUGUGGGGAAAGCAUACGUGGAACAGUUUGGGCUCGAAACAUUUGAAAGAGCAGACAAUGCGGUACGCGCAAACAAGGCGUCGAGGCAGACUGCAGACACUUUCCAAGCUUCCGCGACCUUCCUCGACCUGCUCCAGAUCUGGGGAGCCGUGGAACCCGAAAUCGCCGCCAAGAUCAAGUUUGCGAAAUACCAUGCCCUGAGGAUAGCAAAGGCGCUCAAAGCGGGAGAAGAUCCAAAUUUGUCCAACCCCAAACCACAAACUCCGAGCGAGGAGGCCCUCCCGACGCUGGACCCGGACGACGCAGAGGUCAAGGCACUAGAAGGAGGUAGGGAAGUCACCAGACCACGACAGCCGUCUGUCGUUGAAGUACCCGACGAGGCCGACAAGAUUCAGAGGAGUCUUGCACAGAAGUCCCUGCUUGAUGAGUCCUUACAUCCCUCCAGAGACACAUCAGUGCCACCUCCGGUCACCAAGCAACCUUCGGUCACUGACGUUCCUGACGAGGCAGAUCGCAUCCAGAGCGAGCUUGCUCGUCAAUCGUCCAUCGACCAGUCCCUGCAUCCGUCCAGAGCACCCUCUGUACCACUGGGGAACGAUGUUUCUCCUUUACCAGAACAAGAUCCCGCCGCAUUCUACACCAAUCGGGCAGACCCAAAGGAUAUCUCUCCGCUGGAGCCUCCCUCGGAGCGAAAGCCUUCAAUAGGAGGAAACUACUUCCCCGUGGUGCCAUCAGCUCCCGCGGAGCCAGUUCUCCCGUCACCGCCGGCAACGGUCGGCGGAGAUGCCCCAGACUUGCCCUCUGCACCCUCAGGCCUUGCGAAGGUCAAUACCGACAUUCCUGCCGCACCGUCAGAACCCUCGCUCACAUCCGCACGAAGCGAGCUGGGCGCCGCUCUCAAUUCAAUACCUAGUCGCCAUUCCCCUCCCCUUCCGCCUCACCGCCACGGCACUCCUCUUCAACAAGCCCCCGUCAAUCAACUUCCCCAGAUCCCGCCCAAUUUCCAACCUCAAGUCCCUCCACCUCAGCUUCCGGUCAAUCCGCCACAAAUCCGACAAUCCCGUGGUCCCGUCCCGCCUGUUCCUCAUCAGCACCCAGCCCCAGGUUCCAUAGUAGCACCAUCGCCGAUUCAUCCUCCGCAGGUAGCACCAGUCCCGCCUCCACAAACUCAACCCGUGAGUGUUGAGGUCGACGAAGAGGCGAUCUUGAAGGCGCAGAAGCAUGCCCGGUGGGCGAUUUCCGCCUUGAACUUUGAGGAUGUGCCGACUGCGAUCACCGAGCUGAGGGGGGCACUGGCCUCCUUGGGAGGGUUGUGA